GCAGAUACAGCUCACCAGGUACCCCGUACAAUGUCUAAAUCUGACCAGCUCUCGCCACACACGGCCUCGGAAAGGGGCUCUGCCUCUAGCGUCAGGUCUCGACGAAGUCACACAAAGUCGCGACACGGCUGCGUGAGAUGUAAACAGGGCAGAAAAAAGUGUGAUGAGCGCAGACCGCAGUGCUCGCGAUGCGUGGAUCGAAACCUCCCUUGUGAAUAUGCCCAACCUGCCAAAGUGGUGCGGAAUUUGGACUCCUCUCCGUCGCCCGCUAGCAGUGCCUGGAGCCGGCUUCAGAGCCUGACUAUUCCUACCCCUAACUACGCACACUCAACUGUCACAUUGGGCUCGACAUCAAGCGUUUCUCCAAGUCUGUCUCCAGCUCCUCCAAGCGUUAAUGUGGACUUUGAGUUGCUACAAGCCAACGCGCAACAAUCAAGUAAUCUCAACGCGACAGAGCUCGAACUACUUAGCCACUACCUCUCCCACACGGCCCGCUCCCUCGCCUUCGACAGCCAGGAUCUGUACGCGUUACAAGUUGGCUUCCCCAACCUCGCCUUCCGCAGCAAACCUGUAAUGAGCUCAAUACUCGCACUCGCAGCUGUAUGCAAGUGUAACGACAUGAUUGUGCAGUCCGGUACACGGCAGCCCGACCAAGAUCAGCUCCAAAAGCUUCUGACUCUUGCGGAUGAGCACCACAGGGAGUCACUACGCCAGACACAAGCCGACAUUCCGUAUGCCGACCAUUACGAUCACAUCGUGGCAAAUGCACCAUUGAUGGUGCUCUAUGCCUCGGCCAGCCGUUGUGUCCGUAUACGGCUUGCUCAGUUCUCUGCCCAAGAUGAUGACUCAUGUUCUGACUCGGGCUCUACUGAAUGGCAAUGGAUGUCCCUCAUCCGAGCAGCGCAUUCGGCAUAUACCGGACUCCCCAGCUCAAAACAGAGCGCUGAGCCUUCACAGAGCUCGGCCGAGGGUCUAUCAGCACCCAGUUUCGCACACCAGUCCUUCGCCACCGAGACAGCCUUGGCCGAGGACGGACCCAGCAGGCAAACAAGAGAUCUACUUCUUCCCAUAAUAGCAGCUACUUCCGGAAAUGCCCUCGAAAAGCUGCGUGCCAGAGCACACAUGAUCGAACCUAUUGCAGACAUGGCGUCUUGGGAAGAUAUGCUCAACGGAGACGGAAAUCUUCCACAGCAGACCGAAUCGUGGAGUAACGACAUCCAUGCCUGCUUGAUGUCUCUGGAUGUCCUCAGUGACAUCAUGAACGAGGUGUUUCACCCCAACUCGGAAACGUCACCCUAUUCUCUGCCGGAAUCUCCUCCAUUCGGUCAGGUAUCUGGAGUUUCUCCAUGGUUGAGGAAGUAUCUCAGCCGUGUGACUUAUUCCUCUCCUUCCAAGCCAUGGAGAAGAACCAUCAUGUGGUUCUUGAACCGAGUUCCGGCAGAAUAUCUCAGCCUCGUUCAGACAAGUCUUGAUCUGGUCCCCAACGGUCAGAUCGAACCUUGCCUUGAUCCUAGUCUUGGGAUGCAAGAAACCAAUAGCGUGUCUCAACUCGCUAUAGACAUCUUUGCCCACUGGCUCGUUCUUGUGAUGCUGCUUGAUGGAGUCUGGUGGAUUGGCGGCAUCGGAGCUUGGGAGCUGGGCCGAGUCAUGUCUUGCAUGGGCAAUCAAGAUUGGCUUGGUCAAUUUCAAGAAAAGAAGGAGGAUUGGUGGCCCAAGAGUAUGUACAACAUUGCAACGGAGAUACGGAAACAUGUGUAA